UUUUAUUCAACAUUUUUUAGUUUAUUUGUAUUUUUAACUACUACAUUUGAAGCGUCUGAACAAAAUAAUCGCUCUCUUUUUGUAAACAAAAAUUUUUUUUUCGUGUUUUCAAAUUUUUCUGGUUAAAUUUUCCAACAAAAAAAAAUGUCUUUAAGUAAAUUUUUAUUCCGUGGAUUUUAUCCAUCAUCAAGAAUUCAUCAACAAUUACGGAAUCUACAUAAUUCAUCCACUAUAGGAUCUAUUCAAUCGGCAACUAAACAACAACAACAACAACAACAACAGCAGCAGCAAGAACAAUCGUUUAAUAAUGUCAAUCAACCAAAAAGAACGACAAAGCAAAUAAUUGACAAAGAAGAAAAAUAUGGUGCACAUAAUUAUCAUCCACUUCCUGUGGCAUUAUCACGUGGUAAAGGUUGCUAUGUCUGGGAUGUAGAAGGAAAACGAUAUUAUGAUUUUCUUUCGGCUUAUUCGGCCGUCAAUCAAGGCCAUUGUCAUCCACGAAUCAUUGAAACAUUACAACAACAAUCACAGAUAUUGACAUUAACAUCACGUGCAUUUUUCAAUGAUGUUUUGGGUGAAUUUAAUGAAUAUAUUACUGAAUUACUUGGUUAUCAACGAUUUUUGCCAAUGAAUACCGGUGUUGAAGCAUGUGAUUCAGCUGUAAAAUUAGCUAGACGUUGGGCAUACGAUGUAAAAGGUGUACCAUAUUAUGAAGCAAAAGUGAUAUUUGCACAGGAUAAUUUCUGGGGCAGAAGUAUGGCCGCCAUUUCAGCAUCAACUGAUCCAAGUUCCUAUAAAGGUUUUGGUCCAUUUAUGCCCGGUUUUGAAUGUAUACCAUAUAAUGAUUUGAAUGCAUUGGAAAGAAAAUUAGCUGAAGAAAGUCAUAAUAUUGCCGCUUAUAUGUGUGAACCAAUACAAGGUGAAGCUGGUGUUGUUGUACCACAUGAUGGUUAUCUAAGCGGUGUACGUGAAUUAUGUACCAAAUAUAAUGUAUUAUGGAUCGCAGAUGAAGUACAAACAGGAAUUGGUCGUACUGGCCGUAUGUUGUGCGUGAAUCAUGAAAAUGUUCGACCAGAUUUAAUUUGUUUAGGUAAAGCAAUAUCCGGCGGUGUUUAUCCAGUGUCCGGUGUUGUUGCCGAUGAUGAAAUUAUGUUGACAAUUAAACCAGGUGAACAUGGUUCAACAUAUGGUGGCAAUCCAUUAGGUAUGAAAGUGGCAAUGACAGCAUUGAAAGUAAUUGUUGAAGAAAAAUUAUCUGAAAAUGCUGAAAAAAUGGGCAAUUUAUUUCGAAAAUUACUACAAGAACGUCUGCCAAAAGAUGUUGCCAUUUGUAUUAGAGGAAAAGGUCUAUUGAAUGCUGUUAUUGUACGUGAAGAUUAUGAUGCAUGGGAAAUGUGUUUACAAAUGCGUGAUCGUGGUCUAUUGGCAAAACCAACACAUGGUGAUAAAAUACGUUUUGCGCCACCAUUGAUUAUUAAUGAAAAUGAAUUACAUGAAUGUGUCGAUAUUAUUGUCGAUACAAUGGAAUCGAUGAGAAAAUAAUAACUUUUAUCAUCAACAAAAAUAAUAAUAAUCAUCAUCAUCAAUUUGAAAAACAACAACAACAAAAAUGAUAAAAUCCAACCAAUCAAUGAUAAUGGCGAUGGAUGACGAUGACGAUGGUGGUGGUGGCAACGAAAAACAACGAUAUGAAACGCGAUAAAUAUUUUCGAUGACAAUUUCGUUGUUUACACUUUUCUUUUCACUUCUCUUCUCUUCUCUUCUCUGUGGUAUUUAUUUAUCAUCAUCAUCAUUUAAAUUUUCAUCUCGUUUUUUUCCAUUUUUUUUUUUAUUGUGAUGUGGAAACAGAAAUCCAAACAUCUUGUCACGUUUUAUUUGAACAGCAUACACAUUUGCAUUUCGAAUUCAUUCGAAUGUUUCUGCAUCAGGCAUUCAUAUUUUUCAUUUUUUCUUUUUGCAACAACAAAACAUUCAAAUCAAUUAACACAUUCUACUCACGUAUCAACACGAUGA